CUGGCCUCACUAGUGGGCAUAGGGUGGGGGUCCCUGGGUCCAUGGCAUGUUCAAGAGUCAAAGCUCCUGGCGAGUCCCACGAGGGCUCAGGGCUGGACACUGGACUGGGAGGAGAGUAAGAGCAGGUCACUGCCCUCCAUGGGAGCUGGGGGGUGAAGGACGCAGGUCCAGACAGCUGUGCCUCACCAGGAACUGGGCCUGUGCCACCUCUUGCACAGAGUGGCCGGGUUCUCAUGGAGUUGACAGACAAUGCAUGGAGACUGCCCCUCCCCAAGCAUGCCCCCUCCCCAAGCAUGCCCCCACCCCGGCCCCCACAGCCCCAGGCUCAGUCGGAGAGUGUCGCCCAAGGGAGGUGGCUGCCAGGUGGAAGGUGCCAGUGGCAUGGCUGUGGAGGUGAGGGCUGGAAGGAGGGUGGGGGGAAGGCGAGCAGGCACUAGCAGGGCUGGGCGCCCACCGGCAGUGGGGGCUGGGAGGAAGUGAAGCUGUGGCUGGUUCCAGUUUAGGGCUUGAGCUCCUGGGGGAAAGGGCCAGGUCUGAGCUGGGAGCCCUGGAGGGAAGCGAGCCAGUGUGGAGAGGAUGAGGCCAGGGCGGGCAGGUGGAGUGUGAGGCGCCUAGAGAUGUCUGGGGCCUGCAGGCCCCUGGCUGAGGCUCUGGAGCAGGGGUUGGGGCAGAGGUCUGGUCUGAGCAAUUCUGGGUAUCCUGGGCAGGGUGCCCUGGGGAACACUGGCGUUCUGGCCACAGGAACAGAGCAAGGAUGGUCUAAGAGGUGAGGGGACAGCCUGAGGUCACAAGUGGCCAGAUGUGGUGUGGCAGCCCCCUGGGGUCCUGCUGGAGCCUGGGACCUUGCAGUUCUCUCUUAAGCCCAAGGCAAAGCCACCCCAGGGCCAAUUCAUACAAGGUGACUCAGGUCACAAGGCCACUGGGCAAGGGAGGCAUGGGAGGGACACCGAACCUGCAGGCCAGCUCCAGUAGCUGCCCUCUUCAUGCCACCUUAGACCAAGCUCCCACAGUGGCUUCCCCUUUCAUCUCUGGGAGGCAGAGGGGGCCCUGGAAUCGCUGAGCUCCCAGCGCAGACUGUGGGCCCCGCCCAAAUCCACAGGACAGGUGACCCAGCCAGUGCCCCCUCUCCACCGCUGAGCCCAAGUGCCAGGUCUGUGUGGUCCCCUCCUGGCUGUGUGAGCCCCCUCCCGGCUGUGUGCGUCCCUCCCGGCUGUGUACGCCCCUCUCGGCUGUGUGCGUCCCUCCCGGCUGUGUGCGUGCUGGGCCGCAGGCGCCAGGGCCGGGGCCGGGACGCUCCACAAAGGGCUCUUUGUGUCGCCGCGGCGCCCCCCGCGCGGGUGCCUGACCGCGGGCGGGAGCAGGGUCGUGGCGUCCGAGCCUCCGGGCUGCAGGGGGCGCGGAGCGGGCGGGGUGGCCCAGAAAACAAAUCCUGCGGUGUCGCGUUUCCUGCAACGUGAGCCAGGUCGGGCGGGGUGAAGGGUCUGAGGCCACCGCAGGGACGCAUGGGCUGGAGAGUGGGGCAGGGGACAGCCCCCACCCGGUCACUCAGUCUUUGGCCCGGCCGCCUCACUCUCCCUCACUGAGCUGGGCCUAGUUGGGGGCAGCUGCGACGGGGCGGGAAGCCGCGCUGUCACCCGACCCCGCCUUACGGCCCCUGAAAUCCGAGGCUUGAGCGCGGGUGUCGGUGUCGCUUUCGUGGAUGGCGAUGGUUUCCAGAUGCAGGAGGGGAAGGGUGGGGACGUGAGCCGGAGCCGGGGGCCAAAUAUGAGAGGCCCCGUCUGCCCACGGUCAGCCCUCUUCCCUCUCGGGCGGGGAUGAAGGUGGGGGCUCAGCUCCCAGCUUAGGGAGAGGCGCAAGGGGCGGGGUCACAUCUGGCGGGGGGCGGGUGCAGAGCCGCGGCCAGGUGUGACAGAGUAGUUGGCGCCCCCAUGGCAUCCGCGACGGCUGGGGGUGUUCGGCCUGGGAUUGGCGGGCCCCGGGUGAUGUCAGGCUGUCGGAGCCCAUAGGCUGGCCGUGCGCCGGUGGCUGUAACAUGAGAGGAAGUAUCAGGUAACGCAGGUGUCGGGUCCUGCCGCCCCCGCCGCCAGGUGCACAGCGGGGGCCACCAGCACCGUGGCAGGUAGGAGCAGCCCCUGGACGGGCAACUGGGGUCCGGGGCAAGCCGGAGCCUCGGAGAGCACAGGCUCUGGAGGGGGCUCCCUCCGGCCCGGGACCCCCAAAGACAGGGCUCCGCGGAGCCCUGGGGACCCGCAGUCCUUCUGACAGCCGAGAGCAGAGUGCGGCCGAGGGCCUGGUGAGGGCUAAGCUGGGAGGUGCCCCUUCUCCAGCUCCCCCUGGCGUCGGGGCUGGGCCACCCCGCCCCUGGGCCCGCCCCUUCUGGCCUCAGUGGGGGCCCCUGUGCCCCUUGGCCGGUGCCCAGAACCCCUCCCUGUAAGGCAGGUGGAGCCUGCCCUUCCACCGAGGCCCCCAUGACCCUCGCCAGCUGCCCACUGUGAGAACAGGGGGUCUAGGAAGUCGGCUGCUGCACCCCUCAACGGCCGCUGGCCGCGAGUCCCCAGGAGCUGAGCUCCUGCGACGGCCACGACGGGCUGCGGAGGCAGGACUCUAGCCGCAAGCCCCGUGCCUUCAGCAAGCAGCCCAGCACGGGGGACUACUACCGGCAGCUGGGCCGCUGCCCCGGCGAGACGCUGGCCGCACGCCCAGGCAUGGCGCACAGCGAGGAGGCGGCGCUGCUCCCUGGGAACCACGUGCCUAACGGCUGCGCCGUGGACCCCAAGGCGUCCAGGGAGCUGCCCCCGCCGCCCCCGCCGCCGCCGCCGCCCCUGCCCGAGGCCGCGAGUUCGCCACCGCCGGCCCCGCCUCUGCCCCUCGAGGGCGCUGGCCCUGGCUGCGGGCAGCGCCGCUCCUCCUCGUCCACCGGCAAAGUGAGAGUCCUGAGGCACAGGAAGAGCACCAAAUCUUUCAACAUGAUGUCCCCGACGGGCGACAACUCGGAGCUACUGGCUGAGAUUAAGGCAGGCAAGAGCCUGAAGCCGACGCCGCAGAGCAAGGGGCUGACCACAGUGUUCUCAGGCAGCGGGCAGCCGGCCUUCCAGCCCGAUUCGCCGCUGGCAUCUGUGUCACCUGCACUGUCACCAGUCCGGAGCCCCACACCGCCAGCUGCAGGGUUUCAGCCUCUGCUCAAUGGAAACUUGGUUCCGGAGCCGCCCACUACUCCUGCGCCGGGAGUGCAGCUGGAUGUGGAGGCGCUCAUCCCCACACACGAUGAGCAGGGCCGGCCCAUCCCCGAGUGGAAGCGCCAGGUGAUGGUGCGCAAGCUGCAGCUGAAGAUGCAGGAGGAGGAGGAGCAGAGGCGGAAGCUGACGGCCGCCAGCUCGUGCUGCUACCCCCGCGAGGGCUGGAGGUACUCCCGCGAGCACAACGCCAUCCUCGGGCCCUUUGGCGAGCUCAUGACCGAGGCCGACAUCCUCCGCAUCGAGCAGCAAAUCGAGAACCUGCAGGUGCUGCACAAGGCGCAGAAGCUGGAGGCGCGCCUCGAGCAACUGGAGCUGGAGCUGGAGCAGCUGCUGCCCAUCUCCGCCGCCCUGUCGGGGCCGCGCUUCACCGUCGACCCGCGCCGAAUGCAUGGCCGCGCCGCCAGCCUGCCCGCCUGGUGCAGCAAGAUCUCCACGCUGCUCAAGAGCAUGGCCACGCUGCUGGCCGCACUGGGCGGCCGGCCUGCGCACCUGGCGGAGCUGCUGACCGCUGACACGGGCCAGCCGCUGGCGCCGCUACCCGACGCACCCUGGCUGCCCGGGCCGCUCUGCCUGGGCCGCUCGCACUCGCUCAGCUGGUGCCGCGAGGCUGUGGCGCGCGAGAUCCUCGAGUGCGGCGUCUCCGUGCAGCAUCUCCGCGCCACCUACGAGCUGCGCGCACGGGGCGCGGCGCCCGCGCGCUGUCCGCGCCGCAAGCCCCCGCAGUCCGCUGGCGCCCCGGGCCGCGAGCCCAUCCUGGAGGAGGACUACGUGACGGCCGGCUCUGGCCAGCCCAGCGCCGCCGCCGCCCACGGCCCGCUGGUCGACGGGGAGCCCCUGGGCACCCUGGGCCUGCCCGAGGUACAGGAUCGCCAGGCGGCGCUGCCUGAGCCCGAGCAGCUGGCGCGCCGGCCGCCCCUCUGCACCGAGCUGCGCGGCGUCCAGGACUACCUCGACCUGCGCAAGGAGCGCAUCGUUUACCUCUUCCUGGAGCACUGGCGCCGCUGGGCCUUCCGCGGACAAGGCCGCCGCGCCCAGGCGCGCCUACGCAGACAGCUGCCCAGCGUGGCGGCCGCCGAUGCCGGCCCGGGGCUGGAGGCCACGGACGCCCCCCGGCUGCCGACGAGCAACGGCGAGGCCCACAGCCCCGACGAACGGCUGCGGCAGCUGCUGAGGCAGCGGCAGGCGGUGGGCAAGCUGCUGGGCCACUGGCGGAGCCUGCUGCGGCGCGUGCCGGCAAGCCCGGGCCUGGCGCACGGCCUGUACUGGCCCCAGCACUUCCUGCCGCCCCUGGACGGCGGCGCACCCCCGCGCUACGACAGCCUCACGCUGGACCUUUUCAUGCUCGGCUACUUCCAGCUACUCGAGAUGGGCCUGAGCCGCGAGGAGCGCAAGUUCCGCCACCUACUGUGCUACGAGAUGUUCGACAGGCUGGGCAGCCACCCGUGGGAGCGCAUCCGCCUCUUCCACCGCGUGGUGCUGGAGGAGGUGGAGGCCGGCCGGCGCGGCUGGAGCGACGGCUUCGAGGACCUCAGGCAGCGGUUCUUCGGAAACGGCCUGGAGGCUGAGCCGGCCCCCGAAGAACAGGCGAAGAAAAAGGAAGAGGAGAGGAAAGAACAGGAGCGGACCGAAGAGGCCGCUCCACUUCAGACGGGGGACCCGCCUGAGGGGCAGCCCGAGGCCCUGGCCCCUGCGCCGCAGCCGCCGCCGUCGCCCCCGCCCGCCGCGCCUCCCCCGACCUCAGACUCUCCUGGUUCCGAAGCCCCCGCCGAAGACCCCUUGGAACUGGUGUCUGAGAUGGGCGAGUUCAGCAACGAGGACAUCUGCCGCUACAUCGACCGCAGCUUCUCCUUCUGGAAAGAGAAGGAGGCAGAGCUGUUUGACAUCUGAGCAGCGGAAUUUGGAAUUGGCAGUUCACCCUCCAGCGUCUUAACGUGGGCCUGGACGCCUGUCUGACGCCCUCCAGAGGCUGGAAGCAGCAGGAAGAACCCAGGACUGUGGCCUUGAGCAGCCCGGAGGGCCCAGGACCAGGCUGCCUCAGCCUCUGAGGUCCCAUCGUGGCAGGCUGUGGGGCGUUGGUCGGAUAGGCAGGGCAGGCACAGAACAAACCAGGUGUCCGCCUCUGGCCCCGUGGCCUUGCUGAGCUCUGUAUGGAGCCAGGCAGCAGAAGAAGCCCCUCUGAGUGAGGGGCUGCGGCUCCUCCUUGCGGCAGUGUGGCCUGCUCUUUGGUUUUCCACUGGAGUUCACAGCUACCUCAUUGGCUGAGGUCAAGGGAGCCACGUGUACAGUGUUCUGUGUGAAGUGUGCCGUGUACAGACCCUUUCUCCUCUGUAACAUUCAGGAAAUAAAACUCUUUGCUGUAAACUGCCUACGUUGGACACCACACCUGCCCCUGAUGUCAUUGUAGCCCCACGAUUGUAGAGCCCGUAUCCACUCUAUUGGGAAGAGGGCAACCAUGGGCUGAAGGCCCUUCGCAGGGGAGCCAGGGGCAGCCUGAGUCUCCCUGAGCCAAGAGGCUGGGUGGGGGCUCGCAUCUGCGUCUGCCCAGAGGUCUUGGGCCUGUGGCCAUUGGCCACCUGCCUCUGUGGGGAAUCAGGCUCAGGACCUCUGGGUCCCAGCUACUUGUUCUCUGCUUCUGUCCCACUCAGCUUUGAUCUCUCUGGUGCCUCCUGUAGGACACAAGGGUCUGGGUUACUAGGGGAAAGGAGGCCAGCUCUGAGGGGGUGUGUGACCAGGCACCUCCAUCCACUUGUCCCACAGAAGUGCAUCAAAAGGAUGUCUUCCUGUGACCCUGACUCUUUCAGGUCCCGAGGCUGAGGGUGCCCCCUAUCUCCCAGCCCCCGCGGGCCCUGAAGUUUUGUGGUUGUG